AUGGGUUCAAGAUCCAGUAGCAAGUCCUCUAGCUCGUCCACGAAUUCCGUCAACAAUCAAGUCUCACCCGAUGAUCCGCUAAGCUCACAAGCAUAUGAAACCUCCGAAAACAGGCCUUCCAGCUCCACCGCCCCUGCAUGGGCACUUUGGGGCGGUAAAAGCGGGGGUGUCAGUAAUGAAACUAAUAACAGAGGUGCAUCUGACGGUACUGAGGCUCCUAAAAAGACCGCUGUUGAUACUAACCAUGGGAACAACGAAUCUGGGUGGUGGAAAAAGUCGUCGAUCAGCUCUCUACGGGCAUUCUCAAGAAGUGACAGUGGCACCAAUCUGGACACGAAGGAAGAUUCCACCACAACAACGACGAAGAAUGCAGGAGCAGCUGAACUGUCAGGCUUGUCUGAACCUAGAAGGAGAGCAUGGUCGUUUUGGAAUCGGAAAAGUGCAGAAAACGAGGAGAACACUGCAGCAGCAGAAGUGAUCGAUUCCCCGACAAAUAGUACCGCUGCUAUCAAGCCUAUUAUAAAUGAGUUGAUCAUGGGAGGUUCGAAUGAUGCCAUUCUGUUUAAAAAGAAGUCUAAAGACGAAACAGCUACUGAGCAAAACUUAGAAAACGAGAAUGAAGAACAGGGCCAUUUGCAGAACAUAUUAACGCCUGCGUUUGAAAUAUUACCGCAGCUCACCACUAUGAAUUCCCUGUAUUCGAACAUGGGAAAAUAUGGCCGCAAGUGGCACUUGUUGUCUGCUAACACGCUCAAGCCAAAAUCGUUGUACCGGAGAAAGGCCGCUACUACACUGUCCUCCUUGAAAACCGGGGACGAAAAGCCCAUCAAGGUGCUCUUAAUCGGAAUCCAUGGCUUUUUCCCAACUAGAAUGAUACGACCAUUGAUAGGCGAACCGACCGGCACGUCUACUAAGUUUAUCACGGAGGCCGAAAAAGCUGUCAUUCGUUGGUUCCGCGACCAAAACACUCCGUUGGAAAUAAGUAAAAUAGCGCUGGAACGUGAAGGGAAAGUAAUGGACCGUGUCGAGUUUUUCCUGGACGUGAUCAAGAAAUGGGUCGAUGAGAUUAAUAAGGCCGAUUUCAUAUAUUUCGUGGCACAUUCCCAAGGAUGCCCAGUAUCUAUCAUUUUGCUGGCAAAGUUGAUAGAACAGGGAAUAAUUCAAUUAGAUCAAACUGAUCAAGGACCACAGGAUCAGGACACCAAAACGUUGAAGCUAGCCAAAAAGAAAGUUGUCAGCAUUUUAGCAAUGGCAGGCGUCAACAACGGUCCAUUUUACGGGGUCGAUCAAACUUUAUUUGUCAGGGCCUACUCCACAAUUGAGAACGAUUCUCUGAGGGAGCUUUUCCAAUUCCAAGAUUUUGAUUCCGUUCUGGCGAGAAAAUACAUUCAAAGUCUUAAGAUCAUCAUAGCGAGCAACGUUAAGGUCACAUUUGUAGGCUCCAUCAAUGAUCAGCUGGUACCGCUUUAUUCGUCGACUUGCUUAUUUGCCCGCCAUCCAAACAUUUUCAGGGCCACCUUCAUCGAUAAAGACACUAAAACUCCGGCUUUCAUUUCCCGCAUCGUCGGGAUCGCAAAUCAGCUCAAUAACCUAGGUUUUGAUGACCACGGAAUAAUCAAAGAGAUAAGUGGCUCUUUGGCGGGUACAUUAACUGGUGGUGGUCACUCCAAAAUUUACAAUGAGGGACAAGUUUAUGAUCUAGGAAUAAAGUUCGCUCUUGAGACAUCGGACGCGUCUGAAGAUCAAGCUGUCAAAUACGAGACGUACCAAGUGGACGAGUUGGGUUCAAAUCCUUAUCAUUUGCCGUGGUGCAUGAGAGGAUUAUUGUUCGAAACGGGGGUCCAUAUUGGUCGAGAACAAAUAUCCGAUUUGUUUCGAGAGUUUGAAGCGUGGGACCCUGAGACAAAAUUGUUAAAAGACGUCAAAUACAGGCUAAGCGGGCUCAGAUCGAAGCUUUGA